AAUUCUGACCACCAACGACCUUAUGUUCUGGUCCAGGGCUGUCACCACCAUUAACCGUUGGACGUCGCGCAAUGCCCUCUAACUAUACCUUGAAUAGCCCGUCUUUGCCGUCCGCAAAGGUCAUUCAUGUGGACACCAGAGGCGCAGUCAUCCUGUCGGAAGAGUCGCCCGAGACGAGGGACAGCCGGGGAAUAUACCUUCCAAACCACAUAGAGCCAGUGUCGCAUAUCGCGGUAGACAUUGGCGGUUCUCUCGCUAAAGUCGUGUACUUUACACGGUCCCCAGAGCCACCUUCGUCGCCUUCUAUAGCUGCCACCCAUGGGUCCAGUUCGCCCAGCAAUAUAUCAACGCCACGAUCCAUCUCUCCGUCCAAUGACGCCAACCCCUCCUCCUCUUCCCCGUCCGGUUCCUCCCAUGUCAAGCUCAGCGGCGCUCUAACACCGCUCGUUCUCGAUGCUCAAAACCACGGUCUCAGCGGUCUGUCCAGCUUGGACAGCAAUGGUCUUCUCCGCGACUCCAUGCUCCGGAGAACUUCCCAGCACUUCCCAGGCGGGUCCCUCAAUUUCGAGCGGUUCGAGACGGACAACAUCCACGAAUGCGUGGCGUUCAUUCAGGAGUUGAUAGAGCGCUCAGCCAAGGUGAACGAGGUAUCGAUAGAGGACAUGCGCAAGGGCGUGAAGAUCAUGGCUACCGGAGGCGGAGCGCACAAGUUCUACGAGCUAUUCAAGGAUCAGCUGUGCGUCGAGGUGCGACGAGAGGAUGAGAUGGAGUGUCUUAUUGAAGGGCUGAAGUUUAUCACCCUCAUUCCAGACGAGGUGUACUAUUUUUCAGACGAGCUCAUCCAGAGCGUGUCCCACUCUGUACCGGUCAAAAAUGGCGCCAACGGAGUCUUUGAGCGGCCCAGUCCCAAUCCUCCGACAUAUUCUGUAACAUUCGAGUCACAUCCAACACCGCAGCUGCCGUGCCUCCUGGUGAACAUUGGUUCUGGAGUGUCGAUUAUCAAGGUGGACGAGGACGGCAAGUUUGAACGUGUCAGCGGUACCAGUCUGGGUGGUGGAACAUUGUGGGGACUGCUCAGUCUGCUGACACCAGCGACGACAUUCGAUGAGAUGCUCAAGUUCUCGGAGAAUGGCGAUAAUUCCUCAGUGGAUAUGCUGGUCGGCGAUAUCUACGGACAGGAUUAUUCCAAACUUGGCUUGAAGUCGACAAUGAUUGCCAGUUCCUUUGGCAAAGUGUUCAAGAAGGGCGGCGAGAAGGGUAAAUUCACCCCCGAGGAUAUUAGUAAAAGCCUGCUUUACGGUGUUUCGAAUAACAUUGGACAAAUUGCGUACAUGAAUGCCGAAAAGUACAAUCUGGAGAGAAUUUACUUUGGUGGAUGCUUUAUUCGAGGGCAUGCUGCUACAAUAACGACUUUGUCUUAUGCGAUCCGGUUCUGGAGCAAGGGCACGAAACGUGCCUUAUUCCUACGUCACGAAGGAUUCUUGGGAGCCAUAGGAGCGUGGCUAAAGAACAUGACUCCGGAAGAUGCCUAAGGAAGGGAAGGGAAAGAAAAGAUACCUGUGGAAUUUGCAUAUUUAAACAGUUACCCUACAUUAUCAGCUGAUGGCAAUGAUAGACCACUAAUUACGCCGAAGGCUCGUGUCCGACAAGUUAGCGCUCAUGACUGAAACAGCACCAAGUAUGCUACCUCGUGUCUGGCAUGCAAAUCCUGAUGGAAAAUGUAGCGGCGUUAGCAGAUGGAUACGCUGUCGACCGGAAAAACGGUGAGUGAGAGGCCGAGGGAUGUCCCGGACUUUAUCAAAUGAGAAAUCGAGUCUGAGGAGGGACGAUAGAGGCCACCCGUCGGUCAGCAGAAAUGACAGAAUCUAAUUAUUGCUGUAAAGUAGCUCGAUAUGGUAAAAGCAUCGUGGGAGCAAUCCGAGGCAAGCGAACAAAGUGGGAUUAUCGUCUGAUGCAGCUGCC